AUGACCCCCCUGCUGUUUCCCCUCUUGCUGGCCUCCCUGCUCCCCUCCAGCUCCUGUAACAAAGCCAACAAGCACAAGCCGUGGAUCGAGGCAGAGUACCAAGGCAUCGUCAUGGAGAAUGACAACACGGUCCUGCUGAACCCACCACUCUUUGCGUUGGACAAGGAUGCUCCCUUGCGGUAUGCAGGUGAGAUCUGUGGCUUCCGGCUCCAUGGGUCUGGGGUGCCCUUUGAGGCCGUCAUCCUGGACAAGGCAACAGGAGAAGGGCUGAUCCGGGCCAAGGAGCCAGUGGACUGCGAAGCCCAGAAGGAGCAUACCUUCACCAUCCAGGCCUAUGACUGCGGCGAGGGCCCGGACGGGGCCAACACCAAGAAGUCCCACAAGGCCACCGUGCACGUGCGGGUCAACGACGUGAACGAGUUUGCCCCAGUGUUUGUGGAGCGGCUGUACCGCGCGGCAGUGACCGAGGGGAAGCUGUACGACCGCAUCCUUCGGGUAGAAGCCAUCGACGGCGACUGCUCCCCCCAGUACAGCCAGAUCUGCUAUUAUGAGAUCCUCACACCCAACACCCCCUUCCUCAUCGACAACGAUGGGAACAUUGAGAACACGGAGAAGCUACAGUACAGUGGCGAGAAGCUCUACAAGUUCACGGUGACAGCUUAUGACUGCGGGAAGAAGCGGGCGGCGGACGAUGCCGAGGUGGAGAUCCAGGUGAAGCCCACGUGUAAACCCAGCUGGCAAGGCUGGAACAAAAGGAUUGAAUAUGCACCAGGCGCUGGGAGCUUGGCUCUGUUCCCUGGUAUCCGCCUGGAGACCUGUGAUGAACCUCUCUGGAACAUUCAGGCCACCAUAGAGCUGCAGACCAGCCAUGUGGCCAAGGGUUGUGACCGUGACAACUACUCAGAGCGUGCGCUGCGGAAACUCUGUGGCGCAGCCCCCGGGGAGGUGGAUCUGCUGCCCAUGCCCGGCCCCAGUGCCAACUGGACGGCGGGCCUCUCGGUGCACUACAGCCAGGACAGCAGCCUCAUCUACUGGUUCAACGGCACCCAGGCGGUGCAGGUGCCCCUGGGGGGUGCCGCGGGGCUGGGCUCCGGGCCCCCGGACAGCCUCAGUGACCACUUUACCCUGUCCUUCUGGAUGAAGCAUGGUGUCACUCCCAACAAGGGCAAAAAGGAAGAGGAAACCAUCGUGUGUAACACUGUCCAGAAUGAGGACGGCUUCUCUCACUACUCGCUGACUGUCCACGGCUGCAGAAUUGCCUUCCUCUACUGGCCUCUACUUGAGAGUGCCCGGCCAGUCAAGUUCCUCUGGAAGCUGGAGCAGGUCUGCGAUGACGAGUGGCACCACUAUGCUUUGAAUCUCGAGUUCCCCACGGUCACACUCUAUGCAGAUGGCAUCUCUUUCGACCCCGCCCUCAUCCACGACAAUGGUCUCAUCCACCCGCCCCGAAGGGAGCCUGCGCUCAUGAUUGGGGCCUGCUGGGCUGAGGAGAAGAAUAAAGAGAAGGACAAGGGAGGCGACAACAGUACGGACGCCACAGCAGGAGACCCCUUGCCGAUCCACCACUACUUCCACGGCUACCUGGCUGGUUUCAGCGUGCGCUCAGGCCGCCUGGAGAGCCGUGAGGUCAUCGAGUGCCUCUAUGCAUGUCGGGAGGGGCUGGACUAUAGGGAUUUCGAGAGCCUAGGCAAAGGCAUGAAGGUCCACGUGAACCCCUCGCAGUCCCUGCUCACCCUGGAGGGGGAUGAUGUGGAGACCUUCAACCAUGCCCUGCAGCAUGUGGCUUACAUGAACACUCUGCGCUUUGCCACACCUGGCGUCAGGCCCCUGCGCCUCACCACUGCCGUCAAGUGCUUCAGUGAAGAGUCCUGUGUCUCCAUCCCUGAAGUGGAGGGCUAUGUGGUGGUGCUACAGCCGGAUGCCCCCCAGAUCCUGCUGAGCGGCACUGCUCACUUUGCCCGCCCAGCUGUGGACUUCGAAGGACCCGAGGGGGUUCCUUUGUUCCCUGAUCUCCAGAUAACUUGCUCCAUUUCGCACCAGGUGGAGGCCAAAAAGGACGAGAGUUGGCAAGGCACAGUGACAGACACUCGCAUGUCAGACGAGAUCGUGCACAACCUGGAUGGCUGUGAGAUCUCCCUGGUGGGGGAUGACCUGGAUCCCGAGCGAGAAAGUCUGCUCCUGGACAUGGCAUCCUUGCAGCAGCGAGGCCUGGAGCUCACCAACACAUCCGCCUACCUCACCAUUGCCGGGGUGGAGAGCAUCACCGUGUAUGAAGAGAUUCUGAGGCAGGCGCGUUAUCGCCUGCGACACGGAGCAGCCCUCUACGCCAGGAAGUUCCGGCUCUCCUGCUCAGAAAUGAAUGGGCGUUACUCCAGCAAUGAAUUCAUCGUGGAGGUCAGCGUCCUGCAUAGCGUGAACCGGGUGGCUCACCCCAGCCACAUGCUCAGCUCCCAGCAGUUCCUGCACCGCGGGCACCAGCCACCGCCUGAGAUGGCUGGACACAGCCUGGCCAGCUCCCACCGCAACUCCAUGGUCCCCAGUGCGGCCACCCUCAUCAUCGUGGUGUGCGUGGGCUUCCUGGUGCUCAUGGUUGUCCUGGGUCUCGUGCGCAUCCACUCACUGCACCGCCGCGUCUCGGGGGCCAGCGGGCCUCCCGGGGCCUCCAGCGAUCCCAAGGACCCCGACCUCUUCUGGGAUGACUCAGCUCUCACCAUUAUCGUGAACCCCAUGGAGUCCUACCAGAGCCGGCAGGUCUGCGUGGCGGGCACUGCGGGUGGCCAGCAGGACGAUGAGGACAGUAGCGACUCGGAGGCCGCUGACUCGCCCAGCAGUGACGAGAGACGCAUCAUCGAGACCCCCCCUCACCGCUACUGA